GAAGCCGCGAGGUUCCGACUCCUCGUUUGUUCUUACGACGUUCCGCUUCCUCCCCGCCAGGUUCCUCCCCGGCCCGAGCUAAGAACCAGGCUGAGCGAGUCCUUGGGGAGAGAACGGAGGGAAAAAGCCCCGUGUGGUGGACCAGCACCGCUUUAUCCACGCACAUCCAGGAGCGGUAGUGAAAUCUCAGCGUGACAUCUGAGAGCAGCCGGAACGGGCCGGAGUUCGGCAGGAGUGGGGGAUUUUUUCCGUGGUUGACAGCAGCCGGUGCGCGUGAGUGUAGAUGUGUGACAGCGGCGUGUGUGACGACAAGCCCCCCGCCCCCCCUGUCAGGAUGAGCAGCCAAGUAGGAGGAGCCAAGGACCCCCAGCUGGCCAAUCAGAAGCCACUGCCUUCUGUACCAGAGGAGAAGAAGUCCAGGAACAAGAUCAUCUCCAUGUUCGCCUAUGAAAAAGGAGGCAGGAAGAAGGACAGGGAUAAGGACCGGCCUGAGAUAUCGUCACCGUCUGACUUUGAACACACCAUCCAUGUUGGCUUUGAUGCCGUCACCGGAGAAUUCACUGGCAUGCCGGAGCAGUGGGCCCGUCUCCUUCAAACCUCCAACAUCAGUAAAUAUGAGCAGAAACAAAAUCCCCAGGCCGUUCUUGACAUUCUCAAAUUCUACGACUCCACCAGUGGAAAACAGAAAUACCUCAGUGUCUCUGCCUCGGAUAAAGACUUACAGUCGCCAGGCAAACCGGGUACGAUCACCGGGGCGUCCAGCAGCAGAGACGGAGAGGACGACGAUGACGACACGCCGCCCCCAAUCGUGGCCCCACGGCCAGAACACACCAAAUCAGUUUAUACGAGGUCGGUGAUAGAUCCUCUCCCUCCUCCGGACAAGGCCGCCGACAAACAGAAAAAGAAGGGAGGCAAGAUGACAGACGAGGAGAUCAUGGACAAACUAAGAACUAUCGUCAGCGUUGGGGAUCCUAAGAAGAAAUACACUCGCUACGAGAAGAUCGGCCAGGGUGCAUCUGGCACAGUUUAUACAGCAAUAGAUGUUGCUACUGGACAAGAGGUGGCCAUUAAACAGAUCAACUUGCAGAAACAGCCAAAGAAAGAGCUAAUUAUCAAUGAAAUCCUGGUCAUGAAGGAGAUGAAGAAUCCCAACAUUGUUAAUUUCCUGGACAGUUUCCUCGUAGGAGACGAACUUUUCGUGGUCAUGGAGUAUCUUGCUGGCGGCUCGCUUACCGAUGUCGUGACGGAGACGUGCAUGGACGAAGCUCAGAUUGCGGCAGUCUGCAGAGAGGUUCUUCAAGCGCUGGAGUUCCUUCACGCCAACCAGGUCAUCCACAGAGACAUCAAGAGUGACAAUGUUCUGCUGGGGAUGGAUGGAUCUGUCAAACUCACGGACUUUGGCUUCUGUGCCCAGAUCACUCCAGAACAGAACAAACGCAGCACCAUGGUGGGAACCCCCUACUGGAUGGCUCCUGAAGUGGUGACAAGGAAAGCCUAUGGGCCCAAAGUGGACAUUUGGUCUCUGGGAAUCAUGGCCAUAGAGAUGGUGGAGGGAGAACCUCCGUAUCUCAAUGAGAACCCACUCAGGGCUCUGUAUUUAAUCGCCACCAACGGGACUCCUGAGCUCCAGAGUCCAGAGAAGCUGUCUCCCGUCUUCAGGUCCUUCUUGUCCCGUUGUCUGGAAAUGGACGUGGAGAAACGAGGAUCGGGCCGAGAACUGCUGCAGCAUCCGUUCCUGAAGCUGGCCAAACCUCUGUCCAGCCUCACUCCCCUCAUCCUCGCUGCUAAAGAGGCCAUGAAGAGCAACCGCUGAAUCUCCGUCUCUAAGGACGUCACCAUCGCAGCGCGUUAGAGUUGAACGCCUCCACACUCCACACAGCACGCCUCUACUGAAGCCAUAUUUAUUUACCCCUGUGCCUCGUAUGCAGCCGUGACGUAUUUCCUGUCUGUCGCUGCCGUAGCACGUGUGUGUUUCUACUACACUACACAUAACAGAAACGCUGGGUCACUGCUGCAGAGUUUUGGCAAACAUAGACUCAUCUCACCAGUAGGCGUCCUCUUAAAAAGCAUUAACAUGCAAAACCAUUGGUAGUGUAUAGUGUAAAUACUAUAUAGAAUUACCAUGAAACUAGAACAAAGUAUAAAGUGAUUGGUUAAUAUUAUUAUGACUAUAAAGAGAUAGAAACAAAUGUUCUGCUCUUAAAAACUAAAGUGACUAACUUGUUCAUUCCCUGCAGCAGUGCCUUCAGUCCUUAAUGGACUCUUUUUGCCUUCUCAGAGACUCCACUCAUUUAGGUUGAAUAUAAUUUUCUGUUUUUACAUUUGAAUAUUUUUCUGUGAUGGUGCUUUUGUUUUUUCGGGUUGAUCACAGCCAUCGUCACCGUAACAGACGACCAUGUCUGUUGUAUUUGUGGCCUUUCCUGUACAGACGUCAGCUAAUCAUGAGACGGCACAUUUAAAUCUGUUGUCUGCGGUUGCUACGGUAACACGUGAACCAGGGACCUAGUUGGCCUAGUUUCACCAAUAUUCUCCAGCGGUGGGUGGACAGGUCUAGAUCUUCUGUCGCUCACGUUUUCUACCAAACUCUGUGCAAACACUUUCUCAGAAAACUUAGGCGUUGAACCAAAGAUCCACAUUUCUCUCAGCGGGAUGUUUUGUCUUUCUCUGUGUGUAUGUUCUGCAGUAGAUGCCUGACUGUUGGUGUGUUGGUGCUAGUUCAACACAAAUACUGUGUGAAAUAGUCCACGUGUUGAACUGGAGGAAGUCGUUUUUGUAUAUUGUGUAUUGGUAAUGUCUUAUAGCUUAUGAGACGUUUGUGUAUCUUUUUGUAUUUUUUUUAAACUAACACAACAGAAAAAACAAUUUGCUUUAAUUUUAAUGAUCGACUGGUGUUUUUUUUUUCAUGAUUUGUGUUGAUCUUUAGUUUCCCUGAAUGGUGCAGUCAUGUACUGCUCAUUCUGAGACACUCGAGCUAAACCUGAGUCCAGUAUUUGAAGACGACUGUUUGUUUUAGCCGGUGCAGAACAGAAAGUCUGUCCCUCAUAUCCCUCGUAAAGACAAUCACUGUAAAGUAUUUUAAUAUUUUAGACAAUGUGCCUUUAGAGUGGUGCACGAUGCAAUAAAACCUGCUUAGAUGGUACUAAGCAGGUUGACACAGAUGCUGAGCAGGCUGGACUCCACCCUGAGGCUCUGGACCAGAACACAUUCCAGUCAGAGUGUGUGUGUGAGAUGAGAGGUUUGAAAUGUGUUGUUGUUCAUCAUGAAACCAACAAAUUCUGGCAUUGAAACACAUCCACAUAAAUUAUUAUUAAAGGUGGCCUUAAAUAAACAAGUGUGGAUGAUGGA